GAAUCAACUUUCAAAGAAGAAAAUAGAUAUCCGGAAGAAGACUAUCCGGAAAUCCUUAAAGCUAUGCCUCUUCUAUUCAACAGAGAUGUUAGUUUUUAUGGUUCCCCAGUCACUAAGUGUAUCGUAAUACUAGCCACUGUGACCUCUCUAUUCACUAUUGUACCAACCACUAAUGUAGCUAACUACACUGAUAAAUUUUUAUUUGCUCUUUCUUGUUGUUCAUUUCCUUCAUUGGGUACAUGGAUGGUGGGUGUGGUCUUAAUGUAUUGGACACGCCCACUAGAACGCCACUUAGGAUCAGUCAAGUUUAUGCGGACGGUAUUAUCAUCAGUUGUAUAUUCAUUAUUAAUCUAUUCAUUAAUUAAACUGCUACCAUCAGUCAUUCCUUUAUUCAACCUCAUGUUACUAGUAGUUGGAUCAUUAGUUAGUCUGUUUAUUCUCAGUGUUAGAGGAAAUAGUCUCAUUCACUUUCAUUUGAUACACAUCUCAUCUCAUUCACUCAUACUCCUCUUCUUAGCCGGGUUAAUAGUUAAUGUCCCAGGUUCAUGGCCCACUGUCUCCUCUGGCCUAUUAGGAGGGACUCUGUCCUUCUUCAUUGGUUCUCUUCCCUUCCCUUCUCUCCUUCUCUCUCCCCUUGUCUCUUUAUUCGAGAGGCUAGUUGUAGAGAAACACCCCGAGCUGUUGUCAGGGGCAACAAUAUCAGUACAAAGACAACAGCAAGUGGACCUCCUUGAAGGGAUCAUGAUGACACUGCAACAGAGAAGACUAGAGCAGCAGUCCAGACCAGGUGGUGCUGGAGGUGGCUAUGCUCCAACUGAAGAUCAAGUUAGACUGUUGGUUGGUAUGGGGUUCAGGUCUGAUGAGUCAAGAGCUGCUCUCAUUAGAGGAAAUGGUCAAAUACAUGAAGCUAUACAACUACUGACUACUAAUCAACAGCACAGACUCUGAUCAUCAUCUUAUACUGUAUUCACAUGUAUAUAUACUGUAUGUUCUGUGUUUCCAUGUAUCUGUCUAUUGUACGUAUACUAUACACAUGUACUGUACUGUACUGUGUUUCAUUGUGAGUGUGUGUAUUUCUCAAGUGGCAGUGUAUUUAUUUGGGAGCAAUCUUUUAUUAUUAUUAUUAUAAACAAUGUCCCUCUUCUUGGAAUUCUGUAAAA